AUGAGGGCUGAAAUUGAUGAAAGGUUAGGGGAGAAUUUGAAUAAGCAAUUAAAUGUAAUAAAAACUGAGUUAACCGAGGUCCAAAAUACACUGGAAGGUAACUUACAGGCGAUAAAAUUGAGGGUAGACAAUGUGGAGAAAAAAGUAAUUGUUUUUGAAAAUGAAUUCAUUGCUGAAAAUAGUAACAGAGUCAGGGAAAUUCAGGAACUUCAAAAUGAAAAUGAAUCACUAGAUGCAAAAUUAGAUGACUUGAAAGCAAACAAUAUUAAUGCAAUCAGUAGUGUUGAGAAAAAGGUUGACAGUUUAGAAUCAAAUAUUACCAAUAAAGUAGACACAUUAAAAACUAAAAUAAAUCAAGUUGAAGAAUAUGUUGUUAACAAAAAUUUGAACAGUCAUAGACCAAAAUUUUGGGAUACGAUAAGAGAAAAUAAUCAUGUUGAAAGGAAUAAGGUAACUACUUCUGAGAACAAGCCAGAUGAGGAUAUUGCAAUUGUGCCAGAAUUUUAUAAUUGGGUAGAGAAUGAAAAUCUAUAUAAUUCUGAAGUAUCUGACAAACAUUACAGCUAUGAUUUGAAUAAGUUAUUUAAUGAAAAUGAAAAGUUAUGUGAAGAGAGAGAGAUGGAACUUAAUUUGACUGUGGAUAGGAUGCAUGAUGAGGAAAGUUUAGAUUUUGAUAAAAAUACGAAAACUAAUGAGGUUGUUGGGAGUUGUACGGAGGUAAGUGAUGGUGAGAUUAAUGCUGUUGGUGAGUAUCAGGUAUUCGUCAAGAUUAUUUCAAGUGAAUUAGUAAAUCUAUGUGAUAAUGAAGUUGAUAACUGUGAGCAUUAUGAUGAGGUAAGUGUGGUUAGUAAUGAGGAAGUGGACACUCAUGCAUCUGAAGAACAGGCGAUAAAAUUGAGGGUAGACAAUGUGGAGAAAAAAGUAAUUGUUUUUGAAAAUGAAUUCAUUGCUGAAAAUAGUAACAGAGUCAGGGAAAUUCAGGAACUUCAAAAUGAAAAUGAAUCACUAGAUGCAAAAUUAGAUGACUUGAAAGCAAACAAUAUUAAUGCAAUCAGUAGUGUUGAGAAAAAGGUUGACAGUUUAGAAUCAAAUAUUACCAAUAAAGUAGACACAUUAAAAACUAAAAUAAAUCAAGUUGAAGAAUAUGUUGUUAACAAAAAUUUGAACAGUCAUAGACCAAAAUUUUGGGAUACGAUAAGAGAAAAUAAUCAUGUUGAAAGGAAUAAGGUAACUACUUCUGAGAACAAGCCAGAUGAGGAUAUUGCAAUUGUGCCAGAAUUUUAUAAUUGGGUAGAGAAUGAAAAUCUAUAUAAUUCUGAAGUAUCUGACAAACAUUACAGCUAUGAUUUGAAUAAGUUAUUUAAUGAAAAUGAAAAGUUAUGUGAAGAGAGAGAGAUGGAACUUAAUUUGACUGUGGAUAGGAUGCAUGAUGAGGAAAGUUUAGAUUUUGAUAAAAAUACGAAAACUAAUGAGGUUGUUGGGAGUUGUACGGAGGUAAGUGAUGGUGAGAUUAAUGCUGUUGGUGAGUAUCAGGUAUUCGUCAAGAUUAUUUCAAGUGAAUUAGUAAAUCUAUGUGAUAAUGAAGUUGAUAACUGUGAGCAUUAUGAUGAGGUAAGUGUGGUUAGUAAUGAGGAAGUGGACACUCAUGCAUCUGAAGAACAGGCGAUAAAAUUGAGGGUAGACAAUGUGGAGAAAAAAGUAAUUGUUUUUGAAAAUGAAUUCAUUGCUGAAAAUAGUAACAGAGUCAGGGAAAUUCAGGAACUUCAAAAUGAAAAUGAAUCACUAGAUGCAAAAUUAGAUGACUUGAAAGCAAACAAUAUUAAUGCAAUCAGUAGUGUUGAGAAAAAGGUUGACAGUUUAGAAUCAAAUAUUACCAAUAAAGUAGACACAUUAAAAACUAAAAUAAAUCAAGUUGAAGAAUAUGUUGUUAACAAAAAUUUGAACAGUCAUAGACCAAAAUUUUGGGAUACGAUAAGAGAAAAUAAUCAUGUUGAAAGGAAUAAGGUAACUACUUCUGAGAACAAGCCAGAUGAGGAUAUUGCAAUUGUGCCAGAAUUUUAUAAUUGGGUAGAGAAUGAAAAUCUAUAUAAUUCUGAAGUAUCUGACAAACAUUACAGCUAUGAUUUGAAUAAGUUAUUUAAUGAAAAUGAAAAGUUAUGUGAAGAGAGAGAGAUGGAACUUAAUUUGACUGUGGAUAGGAUGCAUGAUGAGGAAAGUUUAGAUUUUGAUAAAAAUACGAAAACUAAUGAGGUUGUUGGGAGUUGUACGGAGGUAAGUGAUGGUGAGAUUAAUGCUGUUGGUGAGUAUCAGGUAUUCGUCAAGAUUAUUUCAAGUGAAUUAGUAAAUCUAUGUGAUAAUGAAGUUGAUAACUGUGAGCAUUAUGAUGAGGUAAGUGUGGUUAGUAAUGAGGAAGUGGACACUCAUGCAUCUGAAGAACAGAAAGAUGAGCUAUCACCCCACAAGCAGUGGGAUGACAGAAUGCUGCCACCGAUCGUUGAAAGCAACCCUGAUUUACCAUGA